AUGGAAGGAGGAACUUGUCUUGGUUUAGUUGCAAGAACAGUAGGAAAUGAUAUUGUUCCACUUGUGAUGCCUUUCAUUGAAGAAAACAUAACAAAACCAGAUUGGAGACAAAGGGAAGGAGCUACUUAUGCUUUUGGAUCCAUCUUAGAAGGUCCUUCACCCAAUCAGUUGACUCCUUUAGUCAAUGUUGCUCUAAACUUCAUGCUCACAGCUUUGACCAAAGACCCCAGCAACCAUGUAAAAGACACCACAACUUGGACACUUGGAAGUCAGAUUCGAUAUCCCAUUUGGUGA